CAUUCGUGCCUUGAAAUGUCGGUUGCCUUUCUGAAAUGGAACCCGAAAUAUUAAACCUUGAUGACGUAUGGGGUCGACCAACGCAACUUCCGGAGAACCCACCCAACAACAUGUUCGGGAUGUCCGGCGAGACUGACCACCCUAUUUGGCAAACAUAUUUUUUAUUAUAUUAAAAAUUCGCCCAUCAAUACGUUAAACUCGCAACGUAAUUAAAAUAUGUGAUGGAAACCAGUCGGACACCCAGAGAUAUACUGAAGUACCUCAAACACCUAAAGCAACAUGGCGAUCAUUUUACUCAUCAUCUCUUUGUUGAUCAACGACAACUAUCACAAAAAUGCUGCAGUCUUGGUCCUCAAAAUCUGUCUUCUGGUGUGUUUCAAAAGUGUUGUUAGUGAUGUGUCAGUGUCACUAUAUGAGGGAGAUUCUGUUUCUUUACACACAAACACUAAAACACAGAAAGAUCAUCUGAUCGAGUGGAGGUUUGGCGAUCAACAGCAUCUUAUAGCUAGAAUCAAUGGGGAACCUACCUCACUCAAAAUAUAUGAUGAUGUUCUUGAUGGGAUAUUCAGACACAAACUGCAGGUGAACACUGAGACUGGAGAUCUCACCAUCACAAACAUCACAACUAAUAAUAACACUGGAAUAUAUAAGCUAGAGAUCAGCAACAGAGCAAUCACGAGAAAGACAUUCAUCAUAAAUGUGUCUGGUGAUAAAGUGACGGUGAUGGUGGGAGAUUCUGUCAUUACAGUCAAAAAUGUUAUCAAGAAACCAGGAGAUGAGAAGAUUGUGUGGAGGAUUCGACACAACAACUCUCCUGUAGCUGAAAUGAAUGGAACGGUCUUAACUUAUAAUGUUAAUGGUGAGAGAUUCAGAGACAGACUGCAGGUGGAUCAGACUGGAGAUCUCCUCAUCACAGACAUCAGACCUGAAGACUCUGGAUUUUAUGAUGUAGAUAUCACUGUCGGCAGUCACAUAUAUACUAUACACAGAUCAUUCACUGUCUAUGUCAAAGAUCGGUCAUCUGGUUUGUCUUCAGGCGUUAUAGCAGGAAUCUGUGUUGUUGUUCUGGGUGUUGUUGGUGUUGCUGCUGUUGUUGGUUUUAUCAUUUGCCGCAAGUCUUUUAAGGCUAAUGGAAAUGAGCCAAAAGAUGUAGGCCCCUCAAUAAACAAUGAAGAGACAGGAGGAGAGUCAACAGAGAUGAACAAACCAUUGAGGACUGGAGAUCCCAGCAGCAGUGAUGUUCCUUAAAAGUGUAAUCUCAUCAACAUUACAAACAUAUCAACAUUAUUGACUUAUAACAUCACUCUCAUUUCAAUGACUUUAAAACCUGUCUGACUGUAUGCUGAUGAGGAACUGAACCAGAAGAAAAGCUCUCAAGACUACUGAAACACUGAAAAAAAAUAUAAAGUCAAGUUUAUAGAGCACUUCACAGACACUGUAUACAAUGUACACUAUAUACACACAUGCAUUAACAUUACCUCAUAAUAGAUUUCAUACCUGGUACUACACUGGAAAGACUGUUUUGAAUGUACUAUUUGCUGUUUCAUGCUCAUAUCUGCAUAGCUAUGAUAACUCCGUAUAAUUGCAAUGUAACAGCCUGAAUGAACACAGAUGCAAAUGUAACUAGCAUUACAAAAUGCAAGCUGCCUUAAAAUUUUCUUUAAAAUAAGUUUUUGACAAUCUGGUGCUACUACUUUGAUAUGUGUAAUAUCAACUUUCUUCACACCAACUGUAAGCUAUGUUUUUAUUAUUUGGCUACAGUUUUUAGUUUUAAACAACUUUAAAAGAAUUAUUACGGUACUUGUGUUUUCUCAAUCAUUGGAGAACUUUGUAAAUUGAAAUCUAAAGUUCUUACUGGGAUUUUUUUUCGUACUUUUAUUUUGUGAAUGUAAAAACUGUUUUAACGGAUCACUUGAGAUGUUUUGACCUCAAUUAAAUCUCUGUUCUGA